CCCACACAUCUAUUUGUGUGGGCGUGGUCUAUUCUAAUCGGUGGGCGUGACAGCUGUAGCUGGGCACUGUGAGGGAAAAUGGAGUUCCCCUGCCAACACAAUGGAGCUGUGCUUACCAGAGCUGCUAGAAAGAAAGCUGGAGUCCCUCCCCCCACUCCAUUCUUAUCCUCCAGAGGCCCUAGUACCCCUCACCAAAAUGACAUCACUAUAAUAUCACCACCAUUUCCUACCCCUGCACUAACUCAAGCAGCCAACGAAAAUUCGGCCACUGAAGAAAUUUUUACAAACAAUGUUAAAAAAGAUUACAACAAAAUUCAGAAUCAAAUUGCCAUGGAGCUUGAUAAAGAAAAUACGAGAUUCUCUCCGGAGGUCAAUAAAGAUGAUGACAGGACGUCUUGUAAGAAGGGAGGGGAUGUGGAGCAGUGCUCGUGUGAUAGUAGUGACAGUAGUGAUGACGAGGAGCGUGUGGUAUGGGUGGAAUGUGAGCGUGAAGAGUGUGGAAAGUGGAGGAGGCUACCACCCAACACUGUCAUCGACCAAUCAAAGGAGUGGUACUGCACUAUGCACCCCUCCCCCCACAUGUCAUGUGACCUGGCGGAGGAGAGGUGGGAGGUAUCUCACAAGAGAGCCUUCACCUUCACACGGCUGGAACCAGGGGCUCUGGUCUGGGCCAAAAUGAGCAGCUACCCACAAUGGCCAGCUGUUGUGAGUCCUGACCCGUGGUCUGCCAUGGAUCAUGUGAUGCAGGAGAGGGAGGGUUGUAUCUAUCAUGUUGAGUUUCUCGGUCGGAAUCGUUCCCACAUCUGGAUGCAAGAGGAGAAGAUUGAGCCAUAUCGGGCUAGAAGCAGCUCCACCCACCAUUCUCAGAGAGGCCGAGGACGACGACGUCGCGGGGGGAAGGGCAAAGGUCGAUUAUCCUGUUCCUCUAUGACGGGCCGACCCAGACCACCCUCCCUACAGCACGCCAUCUCAGAGGCGGAGUCACUAGUGGCACUCUGUAACCAGGAGCGACUAGCCCAAUGUGUCUUUAAAGAGCUUACAGCCAUCAAGACAGAACCGAUUUCGCAGCAAAAAAGAUCGAAUAAAUUUAUCAAAAUCGAGAAAAAAGAUUUGCAGAAUGAAAACAAAGUUGUGAAUUCUGAGAAGGCUGCUAGAAAUAACGGGAAAUCUCAUUCGCUGACAGAUACCACUAAUCAGCAAUCUCAAGGGAUACGAAAGAAAAGGGGAAGACCACCUUCCAAUGCAAAGGCUGUCAGUACCCAGAGCCUCUCUCAGACUCAGCUACUCAGGUGUUUGGGUAUCAAUAGCGAAGGAAAUGUACCAACACCAUCGGCUAUGACAUCGUUCCUUCAGUCGAUUCAAACGCAAUUGAGCACUUUAUUAACGAGCACAUCUUCCAAUCCUCUCACCAACACUGUAGGGGUAUCAUCAGCCAGUAUACAACCACUAGCUACCUCUAAUACUCAAGGACAGAGGGAUAAGGCUGCUACAAUAAAUCGAUCGACAACAUUGCAGCCUAUUAAUGCCAUCAACACAUCAUCUACCAUUCCAGCUACACACUUCAUUCCCUUGAAACCAGUUAAAACUCGCAAACGUACGAAUAAAAGACGGCAAACGAGUACAAAACAAGUCAGCCCCACUAAACUAAUACAGGCUGGUCUUGGUAAGAGCCCUGAUACUAAUGUGGUCCAAGUGGUGCCUAAGGCAUUACCAGUGAGGCGUGUUGUGAGGCCAGUCAGUAAGAGGGGUAGGGCUGUGUGUGGGAAGAGUGUGUCUCCUACUAUUGUGGAUUACUUCAAGAGAGGAGCUGCGAUGGUCCCGGUGGAGUCUCCUCUCUCUUCACUAGACACGGAGAUGGCCUCUGUACAGCGAGAGUUACAGGAGAUGCAAACACUAUUGUCAACGUUUGGACCAACUGAUGAGCAAGACACUACUACCACUGAGAUAAAGACUGACUUGUGUACUACUACAGUGGAAAAGAAUGCUUCCAGAGAUGGUGAUGAUGGAUACUUGAAUGCAGAGUUUGAGUCAGCUCUUACAGAACUGUACAAUAUCGAAGAUCUCAUCCAGGCCACCAGUCAUCAGCAAGUUCCUUCACUAUGAGCCCACUAGCUAUAAGUCAGUAUGAUAUACUGUACUACUAACGUACCAACAGCAUCAUUGAUCAUAAAUUUUUUCAAUCUUUC